AUGCUACUUCUCCAUCCAGAGUCUGAUGAUUCUGCUAAGCUAUCCCAGAUUGAGACGAAGAAACUUCUAGCUUAUCUCGUGGAGACUAAAAUGAACAAGCGUUUGGCAUAUUAUAAUGUCACUUCUGCUCAAGAGUCGUCCAAAUUUACGCACUUUAGUCAUCAAAGUCCUUGGCUUGUUGGAAAACGUUUAGCUGAUAGUGUUACAUAUGAAAGCUUGGCCAAAUUGGAUUUGAUUCACUUGAAGUUUUUUGAUCUCUGGUUUUAUAAUGAAAAUAUUAUUUUGUCUUCCGGAGAUCCUGAACUUUCAUUCAUAGGAGCAAAAUACUUUGUUGAUGGCUUUAUUGCUGAAUUUGGAGAUUUGAACAGAACAGAGAAAUCUGAGUACAUCUCCCUGAGAGAUUUUAACAGUCACGCGCUAUAA